AUGUUGAAAGCAUUCAAAGAGGUGGUCGAGGUGCUACCCAUCAGCCGUUAUCCCGUUACGCAACGAUGGCAGCGGCCCAGGCUGGUAAUAGGUAUCUUGGCCGUGCUCUCGACUGUUGUUUAUGCGGCAUUGACAACAUGGAAUGUCUUGACCCAGGGUCGUGAACCCGUCUACACCACCACUCUACGGACGACGAUGCCCAGCAAGGACUCGAAUCUUAAGUGUCAAGUGCGUAACAUUGAAGUGGGUGACUUGGUUUACGCCUCGCCGGACGGAGGUUUCGCUUGGUCUGUUACCGGUAUCGAUACGGGCUUCGAUGUUGGAGCGAUCGACGGAGGCAUCAAUUAUGCCGGCGCAAAGAUGGUAGCAAACGUCAUCAACAUGAACAUCUUCUAUUACUGGUCCAUCCAGAGCUUCAAGUACGGUGUAUGUGCCAACGCCACGAUACCUCAACUCUCGGGGAGCGACACCGACUCGCAGGAGGUUGCCAAAGGACCAGACGGGAGGGAAAUAACAAGCGUCAUCACUAUGUGCUCCAACUUUGAUUUGGACAUGUCGAACCCAGGAACCUGGGCGCCUCCCGCACAGACGGCUAUCCAGAACGCUUUCUAUGAUCUAGCGGUAUAUUUCCAGACUUUGAACUUCUCUAACAAUACAUUCCCCAUCUGCUACUUCCCACCGUACUGCGACCCGGACACUCAUUUACCACCCCCCUCGAACACUGCUGUUACACCUACAAACUCGUACGAUUUAACCGCAUGGAUGGCCGGUAUUUCAUACUCGCCGCUGACUAUCGAGUCCAACUACACGACGACCGGUGGUAUCGUGAUGGGCGAACAACAUAUGGUGACAGUAGCCGCGGACAACACAACCACGUCCUUCCUGGAUGCUUUCGAACGUACAUACACAAACGGGAGUGGGCCGUCCGGGAUGAAUAUCGGACUCACCGGUAUCGGCGCUCUGCAUCUGAUGACGCAAGCGCAGAAUCUCGCGAAUAAUUUUGUGGAACCCCCAGCCAUCACUACGAUACGUAGUGCAGCCCUUGGUGUCCUCAACGUCCUCGCUGAUGCCGCGAUCAAAGAUCUGAACGACCGCGUAAUCGGAUCGUCUUACAUCUGCACCGCGACGAGCAGUACAUGGCGUUCGGCUCCAAGCAUGCUCGCCAUGAUCUUGGGCAACAAUGCCUCACUUUUUGGGGUUUGGCUCGUCAUCAGCGUGGCUGUCGCGAGUCGAUGGGAGCAACACCAUGUGCGCAACCGAAGCGCAAAAGAGGAGGACUGUCCGGAGCCGGUAACCCCGGUAUCACCGAUCGGCCUUCGUAAUAAAUACUCGGAAACCCCUCAAAAAUCGCUCGAAAAAGAUGCAGAAGCCGCAUUGGCGUUGCCCGUGCUUAACCUCGCUCCUGGACCUGACUCUCCGAUCUCGCCUGAGAGUCCUUCAUCCAACAUUGCUUAUCCGGAGGGUCUGAGCCAGCAUCUUCAAGUAAGACGCGAAGCGUCUGAUGAUACAAUUCAGUCGUAA